AUGAGGAACUUGGGGGCUGCCAUUUCAUUCUUUAUCCUUGUGGCUGUCCUUGGAUGCCAGGCUGGGAUCAUACAGGAAACAAUAAGAGAAAAAAGGAGGGAAAUUCAUCACUACAAUCCUCAAGCAGUUCAACAAGGUGUUCAAGAUGCUUCAGACUGCUGCUUCUCCUAUGUCUCACGGAUCCCAUGUUCAAGAUUCAUAUAUUAUUUUCCAACCAGUGGAGGGUGCAUCAAGCCAGGCAUCAUCUUUGUCGCCAGGAGGAGGAACCAGGUCUGUGCCAACCCCAGUGAUCGGAGAGUUCAGGAGUGCAUACAACGCCUGAGGCAAAUCCCCAGACCAGGGAACAGAGCCAUUGCUUGA